CUCAUCCUGGGACAUUAUCGGUCAACGAGUGAAAGUGCAAGUGAAGAUGGACGCCUUUCUCGAUUUCCUUCCCUUCGUUCUCUCCGCCCUCCAUUUUCCAUCGCCCAGCUUCGGGUCCGAUGGAGGAAAUCCAUCUGCCGUCGGAAAGUGGCCGUGGGUGGCUGCCAUUUACGACGUCAGGAAGAAUCUUCUCGUCUGUGGAGGGGCACUCAUUCGAGAAGAAUGGGUUCUGACCGCCGCUCAUUGCCUCGCCAUAGGCGCAAGACCUCGGGAUCAGAAAGACUUCCUGGUUUAUCUUGGGAAAUACUAUCGGAAUGACUCCCUGGAUGAUGGAUUCGUGCAAAAGAGAGAGGUGUCCACGAUCGUCCUUCACAGAGGUUAUAACUUAUUUAACUUCGACUCAGACAUCGCCUUGCUGAGACUGGCAGAGCCGGUACAGUUCACCGAAAGAGUUCAGUUGAUCUGCCUCCCGACAAAACAGUUCCUCCAUCUUUCGGAGGCAAACCUCGGGAGCGGAACUCGAGGAACGGUGGCGAGUUGGGGCGAAAACAUCUCGGAUGAGCUGAGCAGCGAGUUGAUGGAGAUUGAAAUUCCGGUUUUAUCGAAUGCCGUCUGUCAUAGGGAUACGACGCACCUCACGGGGAGCCCCGAUUCCACGCGAACCCUCAGCUGGAACUCUUUCUGCGCUGGCAAUAAUAUAAAUACUUCUUCUCAAGAUUUCCAAGCCGCCUGUGCUGGAGAUUCAGGCAGUCCCAUGGUCUUCUAUACCGACGCCCUGCGGCAGUGGCAGAUCGAGGGAAUCGUGAGUCACACUUUCACCAAGGAACCUUGCUCCCUGAGGCGCCCGGGCGAAUAUACCAUUUUCACCAGAGUCAAUCGGUUCGUUGAUUGGAUCCAGACGAAUACUGAAUACACACAGUGUAUGUGCCUGCGAUCCAGGGACAAAGAUCUCAAACACAUCAUGCCCAGGAAGUGA